UCUUGUCAUGUUUCGUGGAGAGAGGUGUGGUGUUGACUAAUUUUAAUGUUGAUAAUAGAAACAAUUUAGAUAAACUAGUUAUAUUUCCUUUAGUAUUAAUUAAAAUGGAUAGUGAAGGUAGAAAAGUAAUUGUAUGUGAUAAUGGCACUGGGUUCGUCAAAUGUGGGUACGCCGGCAGUAAUUUCCCUGCUUAUAUAUUUCCUUCUAUGGUGGGACGACCCAUUAUUAGAGCUGUUAAUAAAAUAGGUGAUAUAGAAGUUAAGGGUUUACAUGUAGAUGAUCUCAUGGUAGGAGAUGAAGCUUCUGCCCUUAGGUCGUUAUUAGAAGUGAAUUACCCUAUGGAAAAUGGUGUAGUACGUAAUUGGGAAGAUAUGUGCCAUGUUUGGGAUUACACUUUCGGUCCCAAGAAGAUGAACCUUGAUCCAAAAGACACAAAAAUAUUGCUGACUGAACCUCCUAUGAAUCCGACAAAAAACAGAGAAAAAAUGAUUGAAGUGAUGUUCGAGAAAUAUGGGUUUGCUGGAGCUUAUGUUGCCAUUCAAGCUGUUUUGACGCUUUAUGCUCAAGGUCUUUUAUCUGGGGUAGUUGUAGAUUCUGGAGAUGGUGUGACUCACAUUUGUCCGGUUUAUGAAGAAUAUGCGCUGCCCCAUCUUACUAGGAGACUAGAUAUAGCUGGUAGAGAUAUCACUCGUUACCUCAUCAAAUUACUGUUGCUCAGAGGAUAUGCUUUUAAUCAUUCUGCCGAUUUUGAAACAGUACGUAUGAUGAAAGAGAAGCUUUGUUAUAUUGGUUAUGAUAUAGAAACUGAACAACGUUUGGCUUUAGAAACGACAGUUUUAGUAGAACCAUAUACUUUACCAGAUGGUAGAGUUAUAAAAGUCGGUGGUGAACGAUUCGAAGCUGCAGAAGCUCUUUUCCAACCUCAUUUAAUUAAUGUUGAAGGUCAAGGUAUCGCUGAAUUGGUUUUUAAUACGAUACAGGCUGCAGAUAUAGACAUGCGUUCAGAGUUAUACAAACACAUAGUACUUUCCGGAGGUUCUACAAUGUAUCCUGGACUACCAUCGCGAUUAGAAAGGGAAAUUAAACAAUUAUACAUAGAACGGGUACUGAAAAAUGAUGUUGAAAAGCUCAACAAAUUCAAAAUUAGAAUAGAGGAUCCGCCGAGGAGAAAAGAUAUGGUUUUUAUAGGAGGUGCUGUAUUAGCAGAAGUAAUGAAAGACAGAGACGCGUUUUGGUUGUCAAAACAGGAAUACGAAGAACAGGGAUUGAAAAUAUUGAAAAAAUUAGGUGCUCGGGCUGUGUAAGUUGAAAUAUAUAUGAAUCAUUAAAUAAAUUUGUGUUUGUCGUUUGUUGAAAUGAAAUGUUAUUGUGCAAAGCUGGCGAUCAAAAUAAAUCAUUCUGAUCGGUGAGUUGUUUGUGCCUUUAAUAUUUCAUAUGAUGCUAUUCUUUAUUUUAACUCAUUCAAGUCAACAUAACUAUCGAAUACCAGAUUUCUAAUGAGUAUGCUUUGCUUUUUAGUUUAUCCUCUAUUCCCAUUUGUUAUAAAAUCUUUGAAUAUAUAUAUAUAUAUAUAUAUAUAUAUAUAUAUAUAUAUAUAUAUAUAUAUAUAUAUAUAUAUAUAUAUAUAAAAUUUUAGAUGUUCAUAAAUCAUUAUUGGAGGAAUGUAUGUUUAGAACAUAUUUGGAACAAAAGUUUUUUGUCUAUGUAUAUGCUUCAUUUGAAAUACCAAAAAUUUUUAUGGAAAUGACUAGAUCAAUCCAUCUAAGCCCUUUCACUUGUUCAAAUAGAUAUGUAAUAUCAAACAACUGCACUCAUGUUUAUAUUUUAUUAAUCAUAAUUUUGAUCACUAAUUUAUUAAUAAAUUGAUUGUGUCAAUAAUGACGUUUCCAAAGUUAUUGUCAAUAGUAAAAUACUUACAAAUGAUAGUUAUGUGUAUUUUUUAUGUUCAAAAAUGUAAAGACUAUUUUUACUUUAUCAUUAAUUUUAAUAAGCAUUUUAUUUUAUUUAAGAUUAUAGUAUACUUUUGUAUUUACUUAAAUGAAUAAAGUUAAUUAUUUAUUAAUGAAUCUUUUUGUUAGUUUCACAUUAAUUGAAAAUUUUGAGAAAAGAACAUAGAUAACAAAAAUAAAUACAUGGACUUAGAUUUUAUUUAAUCCUAGAUCAUCUUACUCUCCAUGCAGUUCUUUUAUUUACUGUUUUAUUCUCUUCUUUUCACAGCUUCUUUCACAUUUUCAAUCCAUGUUUUUCUUGGUCUUUCUCUAUACUUUUUUCACUUGCUAUUCUGGAUUCGGAUGUUUUUUUUGUGUCCUCUGUUCUUGGGCAUCCAGCAUACGUGUUAAAACAAUCUCAAUUGUGCUUCAUAUACCACUUAUCUCUAUAUGGUUUUAUUAUUCUCUCUUAUUCAUACUUUUCUGUUCUUUUAUAUUUUCUUCAGUAAUCUUAUUUCCGUUGUAUUUAUACGGUCUACUUGAUUUUGAUUUGAUGUCCACGUUUCGCAACUGCAAAACAUAGGCCUCACUACUUUUUUCACAUUUUCUAUUUUCGUGUUUUUUGAUACCAUUUUUUUACUAAAGAAUAAUUCUUAAAUUGCGUCAAAUGAUUAACCCACUUUCCCUAUUUUUUUUUUUUUUCGUUUAUCUCCUUUAGUCUGGCAUUACUUUCUAUUAUUACACUUAGAUAUUUUUAUUUUAUUACUUGUUUAAUUUGUUUUAAUUGUAUCAUAUUCAUUUCCGUAUUUAAUAUCUCCAGAUAAUGUUCUAGAUCUUCUUCUGAUCUCACUACCAAUACCAAGUCUGCAAAUAUAAAUUCCAUUAUAUAUAUCCUUCAAAUCUCUACAUUAAAUUUUUUCAUCUGACUUUCUGCUAAUUGUAGAAGUACAGUAGAGGGAUAAGUACACAUCCUUGUUCAAUACUUAUCUUUAUGGUAAAUUCCUUCGAUUCUUCUUCUUAUUGUCUUCUGAUAUAUUAACGGUUUCUAACUAUUUGAUCAAAGGCUUUCUCCAAAUUUAUAAAACAUAUAUGAAUUUCUUUAUUAAUUUCUCACUUAUUUGUCUAAUUGUAAAUGUCAAGUAUUUUGUGUUACUUCCACUUUUAAAUCCACAUUGGAGUCCUCUAAAGUGUGUUCCAUCUUAUUUCUUUUCUCUAUUAGUCAUUAAUUUUGCUGGUAUACUUGUUAUUUUCAUGUCUCUGUAGUUCUUACAAUUUCUUUUGUCGCCACUUUUAUAGAUAGGUAUCCUGUUGAUUUAUUUAUUCCCUUUUCAUCCAUAUAUUUAAUUAUUUAAGUUAUAUUGUCUCUUUCUGGCGCUUUACCUACCUUUAAUGUUUUAACUGCUACUACUUGGACUUAUAUUUGGUACAAUGUGAAUUCGUGAUACUGAAAAUAAUAUGAAGAUCCAAAAAUCUGGAAAAAAUCUUAUGUUACAAUAGCAUUUAUAACCAGUCCACUACUGGAGAUCAAAUAAAACUUUAAU